AAUAAAAUGGAAGAAAAUUCUGUGGUUGAAAGGGAACAAGGACUGAGGAAGAAUGAGCUAAGUCAGGCUUCAAGGAUCCAGACAACUUUGAAGUUGUCUGAGAAUGAAUCUCCUCUGUGAUGCUUUGAAAAUAGUGUGUUUAAGGAGCAGAAUCAUCCCAAGAUUGUGUAUAAGUUUGGUGGUAAAUAUGACCAAAAGAAGUUCUUCUUAAAAUAAGACCAGGGUAGGAGACUCAAUCAUGAAGAAGAGCAAAUAAGCUUCGUAAGAUUAUUAAGAACAACACACCUGGUUUCUUUUAUGAACAGAAUAACCUUAAGAACUCCAAGAUUAUCAUCCAGAGUGUGGAUGGAGUCCCUCUUUGGAUCUCAGAGACUCAGAAUAAGAUACCUGACAGGCUCAAUUUCUAUACUCUCUUGUCUUUUGCAUCCAGGCAGAUAUAUCUGACAAAUAUGAUAUUGACAGGGAAAGAUUUGGGUAAAGUUAUAGUCUCCUCUUGUACUGUGGAGGAGCUAGUAUUGCAUAAUUGCUGCCUACUUUGUAAUUCUUUCCCUAAAAUGCCUGAUAAAACCUCGGAAAUAUCUAAGAUAACACUCAACCAUUGCUCUAAUUUAAAUGGAGAGGACUGGUAUCAAGAGACACCAUUUAUUCAAAAUCUGCUCAAAUUCUUUAUCAGUGAGAUUUCUCCUCCUAAAAGAGGGCUUAAAUCAGGUCUAUGAAAGCGUAGUUCAGGGACAAUGCCCUCGUCUAGAAAUAAGAACCUUGGCAAUUUAUUGGAAGACUCUAAUGGCUCUUCUAGUCCAACAAAAACCCAAUGAUUUUAUAACAGAUAUCUUAACAAAUUAGAGAUAAUAGAAAUCGUAAACUUUCCAAAGAUCCCUGAAUCUCUAUUUGAAGACUUGCUCAGAGGUUCCGAAUGGAGAAUGAUUAGGUCACCACAAAAGAUUGGCAAAGAUAAGAUAUUUAUUCGCAAGUGUGAUGCUUACAGCAACCAGGCCCAGACCAAAAGUGAAUUUGAUGGUAAUGGAAACUUUAAACUCAGAACCAAGCAACGGAUUAGCCACGCCGCCAAGCAAGAAAGAGAAUGAUGUAAUUGUAAUAUACAGUAAUAAUCUUGAGUUUCAAUCGUCACACCAAUAGUUG